AUGGUUCAGCAGAUUAUUAUUAUCUCAUUUCAUCACGUCGACUGGUCGGUCUCAUUGCCGCUCACUCAUGGGAUAAUAUUCCGACGCCCGUCAGCCCUGGACAUGCUGGGCGCCGUACUGUUCCAACAUGGUGAAGCAGUUUAUUCGCUGGUACUACCAACGGGCCAACAUUAUUUCCCAACGCUAGCUGUCACUUCGGGACGUAUUGGACAACGAUUGUGGACCGCAACCCGCGCCGACGACUAA